AGACGCCGAAUUUCCUUCUCCAGCAAGGUAGGAGAGAAAGGGCCGAGAGCUCAUUGGCUAAAUUGAGGGGCUCCACUUGUAAUCUACAAGAAGAGAUCGAUAAAAUGAUUGCAUUUAAAGAGAAGAACCAUGUUGAGCCACUGAAGUCAGCGAGAGAAGUAAUCAAAGCUUUAUGUUCGCCUUCUGCUCUAAAGCCGUUUACGAUUCUCGCCAUUUACUUCUUCGUGUAUCAAUGGUGUGGCAUCAACAGCAUUACGUCAUAUAGUGUUCACAUUUUCAAGGCGACGGGUAAUGAGGCGCACAAAAAUGCACUUACGAUUGCGUUGGGCGUUGUCCGAGUCGCCUUCACGAUUGUCGGGUGCAUUAUGUGCAGAAGAUAUGGACGGAGACCUCUCACUUUCGUCUCAGCCGCCGGCUGUGGGAUCACGAUGCUGAUCCUUGGAGUGUACUUGUAUUUCUUGGAAGGAUGGAAACAAAACAAUGUGACUCCAUCGUACACUUGGAUCCCAGUGGGCUGUAUCUACCUUUUCAUGGUCUUCUGCACUGUAGGAUACCUAAUCAUUCCCUGGGUUAUGAUUGGUGAAGUUUAUCCAACGCAGGUGCGCGGCAUCAUAGGCGGCAUGACCACGUGCGUGGCGCACAUGUCCGUGUUCUCGGUUGUGAAGACAUACCCGUUGCUGGCGAAGCUUAUUGGACAAUACGGAAUCUUCUCCUUGUAUGGUGCCAUGUCGCUUUUCGGUAUACUUUACUUCUAUUUCUUCUUACCGGAGACCAAAGGUAAAAACUUGCAAGACAUUGAAGACUACUUCAGCGGUAGAACGAAAACUCUCAACAAAAAGAAUAGCAUUCAGACUGCCGCGUGAUAAUGAUCCAGACAUCGAAAAUAGGCCUUAAAAGAUCAAUUAUUAGUCAUUCACGGGUCUGUUAAUGUUUUAUUUGUUACUAGCUGACCCGGCAGACUUCGUAGUGCAUCGAUCGAUAAAUAAAAGAUCUAAACUGUUGUAUAAAAUAAACUUAAAACAAA